UUUUCGAGACUAACACUAAUUUUUUGUCAUACAAAUAUAUUGCUUAUGAAAAUAUAAUUAUUUGAGAUGAAUAUAUGUAAAAGUACUUAUUACUUAUAAAUUAAAUAUACAAAACGAGAUUCGCAAGAAGCUGGCGAGCAGGCUGCAGCAGGCGCGAGCUGCAGCGGCAGUGGGCGUCGGCGCAGAGGGGGGAACAGCUGCAGCCACUGCCAUGAGCAGCUCAGCAAGUGGAGACGCUUUGAAGUGCACCUACUCGGAGACCAGUUUGGUUGCGGUCUCGGAAGGCAUCGCAAGCGUCGCGAGCUGGAGCGGAAUCGUGUGCAGCGCUUCGGCUACGAGAUUCACAACGUGGAUGAGUUUCUGUCACGCUGCUCGCUGUCUGCACCCGGCAACAUACCCGUGGUCCUUGCCACGGCCAGCACACUCUAUCAGACGCGACCCGGGGGCUAUCAGCUGGAGAUCCCCUUGCCCCUGGGCAUGGUCGUCAAUGCAGUAUUUAAGAACCAGAACUGGCUCUACGUGCAGACGCCGCACGCCGAGGAGGGCUAUGUGGGCUAUGCCUGUUGCCUGCCCUUAGGCAUUUUGCCCACGGGCAAGACGACGCCGUGCAAGCAGCAGAGGCAGCCGCCGCUUUCGCAGCCUGUGCGACGUCUGUCGAACGUAUCGUACAUAACCAAUGGCCAUAAUGGCCAACAUCUUCAUCCAAAGAGCAUUCCACAGCAGCAGCAGCAGCAGCUGAGUGUGCUGCGACGUCAACAGCAGAAUGGACUGCGCCAAACUCUAGUCGCCAUCAAUGCGGACUACAUCACGGAGAGCAUUGUCGUCCACAAGGGCGAGAUUGUGACGCUCUGCGAGUGCCGCGAGUCCAAGGAUCAGCGCCAAUGGUUCUAUGUGAAGACGCGAGACGGACGCGAAGGCUUCAUACCAGCCGAGGUGGCCGGCCAUGGUUAUCUGUAGACUGAAGCUGCCCUCGCUCCUCCUGAAAUGACCUUGCUAAACUAGACAAGUCUGACGUAAAGCCUGAUCCAGUUAGCAAGAUGUUCAAGACAUUACGAGGUUAUAUAUAUAUAUAUAU